AUGGCCAAUUUUAAAAUUUCCGCACCGGGCAGAAUCGUCUUAUCCGGAGAGCACUCGGCGAUGUAUAGAAAACUCCUCAUCACGACCAGCUUAGAUCUACGUACCAGACUCGAAUUCUGCGAACUGCCUGAUGAGAGAAAAAUUGAGAUAUAUUUUCCUGAUGUUAACGUACACAUUAAUAUACCGUUAGAAAAUGUUCAAAGCUUCUUUUCUCGAGAUGCAAGUGAAAAAUCAAAUUUAAUGUUUGUGUUGAGAUACGUGAAAUCCUUGAUUACUUUUAACGGCAUGUGGACGACAUACAAGCAGAAAUUUAGUUUAAUAAUAUUCUUUUUCUUGUUUUAUACUAUCGCUAUCGAGCAAGAUCUUGACGUAACAUCUUUUCGCGUGAAAGUGUCCACAAAUAUACCAAUCGGCGCCGGUUUUGGGAGUUCGACAUCUUUCAUGGUAUGCCUUGCAGCGUGCUUUCUUCAUUGGAAGGAUCUGCAAACAGGAAAUCUUACUGAUUUUAAUAAUAUUCAAUUUUUGGAUGAUGUUGCUACUCACAGUUUUGUAUGCAUGGAAUUUGUGAAAAACUAUGAGUUUGGGCAGGUUGAUGUUGCCGUUUGUGUACACGGCGUAAUGUUAAAAAGUCAAUUAAUCGAUUCUGGAUUUAUUGACAAUAUAGGUUCCUGCAAAAAUCAAGCAAGAAUGAAGAUUCUACUGAUCGAUUCAGGUAUUCGCCAGGAAAAGCGUAGGCAGGAAGAAAAAAUGGCACAGCUGAAAUCUGAAUCUUCUGAGACGUUUGAUGUUAUAUUAAAUAGAUUAAAUAGAUUUGCAAUGAACAUGUAUGCUUGGCUUGAUUUAAUAAGUUUUUCCAUUCAAAAUGCCAAUAUAUUUCAAUGGAAAAUUUGUUAUGACAAAUUACAGAAAUGCAUUAGAUGGACGCAACUAUUAUUGAGGAGAUAUGAUUUGUCGUGUGAAGUAUUCAAUCGUAUUUUCGAAAUUGCACAAAAUAUGGGAUACUCGGCAAAACUUACAGGUUUUGGACCUAGAUAUGCAUACCUUCUAUUACCACCAAACAUUACAGACGACGAAAUCGAGGAAAUUUUGAUGCAGUUAAGGGAUCAAAAUUUCACUAUCAUAGGUACCAGCAUCAAUUGUGAUGGAGUAACACUUGAUAAUUGAUACUAUUAAAAUGAUCGCGACUAGUGACUCAUAAAUGACUAAAUAAUAACAAGUAAUUAAACAUAAAA